UUUAAUCAUCGCGAUCGUGGUGUAAGGCAACUGGUCACGAGCUAUGCUAUGAAUGAUUGAUCGUAUUUGCGCUUGUGUACGAACUUCCAGAUUACUAGCGCUCUCAAGAAUUCACAGCAUGGCCGCGAGGAAGAAACCAUCAAGCACAUUAUCAUGGGUCUGUUGAUAACUGAUCUCCCUCAGGACGUACUAAUCGUGACUUUCUUAUGUCUGCCUGUCGAGGACAUUCUCUCUUUGAGACAGACUUGUCGUAAUUUGCAUGCUAUAGGAUCUGCAGACUAUGUCUGGCGCAGAUCAGUCAUAUCCUUUGACUUGCCGUUGGAUCUCCCAGGGGAUGGCAUCGUAGCUUCGCUCUCGAGCAACGAGCUUCGUAUUGCAGUCAUCAACGCCUUGAAAUUAGAUAGAAAGUGGAGAGAUCCCAACCUUUAUCCACGAAAAGCGUCAUGUAUCAUUUCCCGGUGCGGUGCAUUUGUGGAAGCUCUGCAAAUACUUCCAGGCGGAAAGUGGUUGAUAACAUUUCAAGUUGAACAGAGCUCGCGGACAACGGUCGUGAGCCUCUGGUCAUUGCAUGAUAUCAAUCGUGUUGCGAUCACGUUUCAAACGAAAUUCCAUGGUUGCAUUACAUCCCAUCAUGCUUUUCAUGAUCGGGUUCGCAAGGAAAUCACGAUUGCUGUUGGUUCGAGAAUUGAUAGUGGUUACGAUUCGGUCAGGGUCUACAAAGUCUCGAAUCAUGCGCCCGAGAGCUUGCCUUCGCCAGCGCCCGUGAGUGUCGUACUAGAAACGCAACCCCGAGAAUUGGUCGAUUUCGGGCUUCUACUGGAGGUCAAAAUAUGCGGAGAUGUAGUAACUGUUCUAUUCGACAAUGUGAUGGGAAGAGAGGCGCAAGUAUUAUGUUUCAACACCUCUACGCGCGUUCGAGUUGUCAUCACUGGGCUCGGUUGGCUUCAUGCAUCUUCGGUGUAUUUUCUCUUCCCCCAGCAUUUUGUGUUUGUCGGAUCCGGUCAAUCUCGAGAAUUAACGUUGUACGACCUUCCCAGAUCAGUCUUAGAAUCGUCAAAUGUUGAAGAUUCCCGGUGCGAAAUCGGGACGCCGAAGCUAACAUGGCACCUGAUUCAGUAUGUGGGCUCGACGACGAGUUUACUGCCAUCGGACGGACCUGCUGACAGCAGUUCACUCCAAUCUUCCUUCGCUCUUGCUGGUUUUCCAUUCUUCGGUUAUGAUGAUGCACCGGAAACCCAGAUGUUCGUGCUGCGUGUCGCAUUUCACGAUAUCACGGCCUCAGGGCCAUCGUUUUCUCCGACCUAUGCGUCCUACAAGCCAUCGUUCGCCAACCAGCAAAUCAGGAUUGGUAGCAGUGGAUGCCGUGCAGUAUGGAUAGCGAGGUGCCUAGAUGUCGAGGGCUGUACGUUGCAGAAGUUCUCCGCUGCGCGCACCGUGCGCGAACAGGUGUUUCCUGCAACCACAUCGACUUUGAUGCCUUCAUUCUCUGGUCUGCCAUUCAAUCCACAAGAUUGCCAGUGCCUCGCAUUCGACGAGGUAUCCUGUCGGCUUUGUGCGAGUCUUCCGUCAGGACAGGUCUUUGCUUUGGAUUACUGAUAUGUGCCGUUACUCGUGUUACAUCAAGUAUGUUACGGGGUACAUAUUUCAACCAGAUGAACUAUGUCAUUUACUAUACGUG